GGUGCACCCUCUUUGGUCAGUGAACUUGCGCUGCCCCGCUGCUGCCAUGUGUGCGGCUCGGACGCCGCAGCUGGCGCUCAUCUUCCGAGGGACUUUCGUCCACUCCACCUGGACCUGCCCCAUGGAGGUGCUUCGCGAUCACCUUCUUGGCGUGAGCGACAGCGGCAAAAUAGUGUUUCUAGAAGAAUCAUCUCAGCAAGAAAAGCUGGCCAAAGAAUGGUGCUUCAAACCGUGUGAGAUCAGAGAGCUGAGCCACCAUGAGUUCUUCAUGCCAGGCCUUGUUGAUACACACAUCCAUGCCCCUCAGUAUGCCUUUGCUGGAAGCAACGUCGACCUGCCACUUUUGGAUUGGCUGAACAAGUAUACAUUUCCUACAGAAAAAAGGUUCCAGAGCACCGAUGUGGCUGAAGAAGUCUACACUAGAGUCGUUAGGAGAACACUAAAGAACGGCACCACCACGGCAUGCUACUUUGGAACAAUUCACACUGACUCAUCCCUGAUCCUUGCGGAAAUUACAGAUAAAUUUGGGCAGCGAGCAUUUGUGGGCAAAGUAUGCAUGGAUUUAAAUAACACUGUUCCAGAAUACAAGGAGACCACCGAGGAGUCAGUCAAGGAGACAGAGAGAUUUGUGUCAGAAAUGCUUCAAAAGAAUUAUUCAAGGGUGAAACCCAUAGUGACCCCGCGAUUUUCUCUUUCUUGCACGGAGACUCUGAUGAGUGAACUUGGCAACAUCGCCAAGACUCAUGAUCUGUACAUCCAGAGCCAUAUAAGUGAAAAUCGUGAAGAAAUUGAAGCUGUGAAAAGCUUAUACCCUGGCUACAAAAACUACACAGAUGUCUAUGAUAAAAACAAUCUUCUGACAAACAAAACAGUGAUGGCUCAUGGCUGCUACCUUUCUGAAGAAGAGCUGAACGUCUUCAGUGAACGAGGAGCAUCCAUUGCACAUUGUCCCAACUCUAAUCUGUCGCUGAGCAGUGGCUUACUGAACGUGCUCGAUGUCCUGAAGCAUAAAGUGAAGAUAGGGCUUGGGACAGAUGUGGCUGGUGGUUACUCCUAUUCCAUGCUUGACGCCAUCCGAAGAGCAGUGAUGGUUUCCAACGUCCUCUUAAUUAAUAAGGUGAAUGAGAAAAGCCUCACCCUCAAAGAAGUCUUCAGACUAGCCACUCUUGGAGGAAGCCAAGCCCUGGGGCUUGAUCGUGAAAUUGGAAACUUUGAGGUCGGCAAGGAUUUUGAUGCCCUCUUGAUCAACCCCAGAGCAUCGGACUCUCCCAUUGAUCUGUUUUGUGGGGAUUUCGUUGGUGAUAUUUCUGAGGCUGUUAUCCAGAAGUUCCUCUAUCUAGGAGAUGACCGAAACAUUGAGGAGGUUUAUGUGGGUGGAAAGCAGGUCGUUCCAUUCUCCAGCUCCGUGUAAGGCCCUUGGACAUCCAUGACGCUCUCCUGGGAGGACAUGAGUCUGCUAU